ACAGAGACAAAAAAAAAAAAAAAAAAAUUUUUAAAAAAAACUACAGCUCAAGUCAGUUUGUGAGGUGAGCUGAAAAUGAGAGUUCCUGUACAAAUCUUCCUCUUUUCCUGCUUCCUGUUUUCUGUUACCUUUGUGCAAGGUCAAGAAUGUCUUGGAGAGGACAUUACAUACGAAAACACACAACCAGUUUUAAAUGUUUCAUACGCUGAUGGUGAAACAGUGAAAGUGAACUGCAUGACAGGUUAUAUCGGCUUUUAUAAGUUAAAGUGUAAAAAUGGACAAUGGCUGACAUUCAUUGCACGAAGAUGCUCAAUAACUUGUCAGCUUGAGGUAACCGAACCUGAAGUAAUAAGAACCAUUCCACUGGGAAAAACAGUUUUCAAAGCUGGAGAAAUGGUGUCGAUUAUCUGUUCUGGCAAAAACCAGGUCUUUAGUAAACAGGAAACAUUUGCUUGCACAAACAAUGGGAAGUGGGAUUACAAGCCUACUUGUGAGGAGAGUAGAUGUGAAGUUCCAAUCAACCAGCAUGUGUAUCUCCCAAAAUAUUACUUUAGUGGAGAUCUGAAUUUGGGAGCAAAGAGAUCGUACAGUUGUGAGUCUGGAUAUCGUGAAAUAGCAGCAGUGGCCACAUGUACACGAGACGGAUGGACACCAAAACCACUGUGUGCUGAAAUUAUGUGUGGCCCACCAAGACUUCCAAAUGCAGAGAUUGUGGGACCUCAGAGACCAAGCUACGGAAUCAAUUCAAGAAUACAAUAUAAAUGUCGUCCUGGAUUUGAACCAGAGGAGCCUGUACAAAUCACCUGUAAUCCCCAGGGCCAGUGGACAGGCAUACAGCAAUGCACUGAUGGUACCUGUCAAGAGCAAGAACUCAAAAAUAUAGAAAUUCUAUUUGCAUAUCCGAGCAUUGCGUUACCUUAUACACCUGGACAUAUCUUAGUUUUUCGAUGCACUGAUAACAACAUGAGGUUUUACGGCCAACGUGCAAUUGAAUGCCUGCCAGAUGGGAGGUGGAAUUACCCAUAUCCACAAUGUGGAGGAAAGGUUCAGUGCUCCCAACCAACAAAGAACUUGCAGUUUGUGACACUGUCAGAUGAGAAAACUGAAUACAGCAACUUUGAGGUACUGAAAUACACGUGCAAUAAACCAUACAAUGAAAUUCCAAGAGGAGUUUUGAUGUGUCAAAAUGGAAAAUGGAACGGAACGUUUGACUGCAAAAGUGAGUUGACAAGAAAUUUUGCAUUCAUAUUCCAUUCCGUUUAAUCACAGUUUUAAGUU